CCUCGUUAACUUCCUCACUAUAAAAGCCAUGGAGGGUGGGCUUUCCCACCUUCCCCUUCAUUUCUUUCUCCCUCCUUCAAGAUAUAUCUCAAGGUGGGAGGGAAAUUGAACUGAUGGCACCAAUGAGCUUGCCUCCUGGUUUCCGGUUUCAUCCGACCGACGAAGAGCUCAUCGUGUACUACUUGAAGAGGAAGAUCAAUGGUCGCAGGAUCGAGCUCGAUAUCAUCCCCGAGGUCGACCUCUACAAGUGCGAACCAUGGGAUCUACCAGAGAAGUCUUUUUUACCGAGCAAGGACCUCGAGUGGUACUUCUUUAGCCCGCGAGAUCGCAAGUACCCGAACGGAUCGAGGACGAACCGAGCCACUCAAGCGGGGUACUGGAAGGCCACCGGAAAAGAUCGGAAGGUGAAUUCGCAGCACCGCGCCGUCGGGAUGAAGAAAACACUUGUCUACUACGGUGGUCGAGCUCCACAUGGCUCACGGACCCAUUGGGUCAUGCAUGAGUAUCGGCUCGACGAGACGGAAUGCGAGAAUGCUGCCGCAGGUUUGCAGGAUGCAUAUGCUCUAUGCCGCGUGUUCAAGAAGACUGAGCCGGGUCCGAAGAUCAUAGAGCACUAUGGUGCUUCUCAUGCUCAUGCUCAUGCUCAUGCUCAUUCUCAAUGGAUGACCAAGGAUCAUCAUCCAACAACAACAACAACAACAAUCUCUGCGGAUAUACGAGAGAGUGACGAGGAUGAUUUUGAGGGUUUUGGCAUAAUUAGUCCAUUUCAAAGUGGCGCUUGCUCAUCAAACAUAAUGAUGCAGCAGCAAUAUUGUCUAGCACAAGAUCCACGAAUUGAUUCAUGGAAUUCCCCGGGAUGCUUCUCUUAUACUCCAUCAAGGCUUCAGGUCGAGGACUUCCCUCACUUCGACUUUGAGGGAAGUAACAACGACAACAACAAUAACAAUGACAACACAUUAGAAGAGAUCUCCUUGUCGAUCGCCUCGGAGCUGGUCUCUAACUACACUGAUGAUCACUUUUGGCUCGGAUCUAAUUAUUCUCAUCUCGAUGAAUUCACGUCCCUGUUGGAAAGCAACGAAGGUGCUGAUGAUCAGCUAUGUCAAAGAAGUGAGCUCAUGGGAAGUACCUUGCACUGCGAUUCAACGGAGUUUGUGGAAGAUGAGAUCAAAAGUACACCACUGCAAACCGCAUUAAUUCCGACCUAUGGAUCAUUCGGAGAGGUUGAAGAUCAAGAAGGUGAGGAAGAUCAUUCCGCCGGAACCAAGCCGGUGUUUGGCGUGGAGUUCCGGCGAGGGCUGCUUGUGUCAAGCGUGGCCAGGUGCGACACUUUCUUCCACCGAGUGGAGCCGACGAAGAAGGUCAGCUUCCAUUUGAGUGGUCAGGUGGAAGAAGAAGGAGAAGGAGAAGGAGAAGGAGAGGCGAGAUCGAGCGUCGUCGACGGUGGCAGAGCCUCCUCGUUCUUCAACAAGUUUAAGGCGUUUGUGUGGGAGAAGCUUGUGGGGAGUUGGUCGACCAUGAAUUGCGGAUUGUUUUUUCGCGGGAACUUGCCCUUGCUCGCGUUUGCUCUCUCUCCUUGCAGCGCUGCGUGCGAGAUCAAGUGACUGCGUCAUGCGAUAGUUCGUUGUUGUUCUAUUUGUAUCGUGUAGAAAGAUUCAUACUGAUUCACGAGGAUAUUCUUGUGGAAUAUGCCCUAAUUUUAUGUAAGAUAUUGUUGUCG